GGAAUUUCCCAAAGCUUCAACUAAACUUUAUAGAUUCAUAGUUUACAUUCGAAGUAGAACAAUAUGAGUGUCGGGUUAAGACCAGCAAAACGUGCUGUUGCAGCAGCGGCAGCGCAAGCACCAUCGUUCAGAGCCAGCAACCACAGAUAUGCCUUCUAUGAUCUAAUAUUGCGGACCUCGUCUCAUCCUACCCAUCCAAUAGAAGCCAGUUUAAUGACCAGCAAUGAACUCGCCAGAUUGAAAGCCCGAACUAAAACCACAUUUGAAGGAAAUUACUACAUAGACCCUUCGCUUACCCCGGAACAACGUAUUGCCAAGGUGUUUGGUGGCAGAAUCAAAGGUGAAGGUCGUGAGUCCUCGAGUAGAAUUACCCGUGGUGAACCGAAAGUGAUUGCUGGUGUGACUGUUCCUGCCAAACCAGACGAACCAGACAAUUGUUGCAUGAGUGGGUGUAUAAACUGUGUGUGGGAAUUGUUUGAUGAAGACAUUAAAGAUUGGAACGAAAAGAGGAAACGUGCAGCUAAGCUCUUGGUCAAGCAAGGCGGGAGAUGGCCUGAGGAUUUUGACGCACCAUUGAAAUAUUUAGGAAAGGAAAACUUGCCUGUUUCGUUACUUAAUAAACCGUCAUUGUAUGAAGCAAAGCAGAAGGCACUUGCCUCAAGUGAUGAAGAAGAAAGUUGGGGUAAUGUCCCUGUGGCUAUGAGAGUAUUUGCAGAAGUUGAAAAGAAACUCAAGGCAAAGAAAUUGGCUAGAAUAAGUCACAGUGAACCCACUUUGCAACCUCAGGAAUCCAAACAGAGUCAAGCAUCUUCUUCUUCUGCAGUAUAGCCAAGCCACUUCAGAAUAGUGUUAUUUAUUAACAGUUCCAUUGUAUAAGUUAUUUUCCCUUUUAGAUCUACACGUUUGGUGCUUUAUCGUAUUUAUAGAAAAUAUAUAUUAUCACCUAUACACAUUAAUCUUCUAAUCCAAUUCAAUUCCCUUGGAUUUGUAAAAUUGUUUGGCUUCAUCAAUUUGUCCCACCAAUUCCUUAUACUUGUCUUCCUUGUCUUUAAAUGUAACUAUACCCCAUCCUAAAGUGGCCAAAGCAUACGAACCAAAUGUAACUAACCCCCAGAAGGGUAAGUAUGGAAGAAUUUCAUCAUGGACCUUUUGAGGAAGUGGGAAAAUACCAACGUACAGAGCAAAGUAAAUUGCUACUAAGGUGUAUAAGGUCAAUGCAGCGUCGGUGGCUUUGGUCAUGGCUGUUGUUGCUGUUGUCU